GAAACUCAUUAUUGUUUUGUUUUCAACUUGCAUUAGUAGAAUCACACACUUAACUUGCUUGGCCUCGGUUUGCGUGCCAAUCCGAUGGACCUACCCAGUAGUCGCACAAAUUCCUGUAGGCUGUACUACCCUAAUUCUUUGUCGCUCCACUCUUGUGGUACCUCGGUAUCCGUGCUCUCUGAGCGCGUAUACCUAAUACCUCAUAUACACCGUUGAUUGUCGAAAAAUUGGGAAAUGGGUUUGAGAAGCCUUGAAAACCCGACAUAUGGUGUCGGUGUGUUUAAAAAUAAAAUGAAUUGUGAAAACUCGCGAUGCGGGGGUGGUGCCUGCGUGGCGCUGUCCCGUAUUCGCAUAUAAGGACCGAUUCCUGUGUGAAACUCAUCAAGCAUAACAAAGUGCAACCACAAGGUGGUAUGGGACACCCUAGCUAAGUAACUAGUCGGUUCAGGGAAACCUCGCAUGCCAAUAGUUGGGAACGCCGGGGCGGGGUCAGUUGGAGCCAACCCGGGUUCCUGGUAAGGCAAGAACGCGAAGCUUGCCAGAUUACCGAUCAAGGUGGUUGGAGUUUGAUUUGUGAAAACUAAAAUGGCCUAUAUUUAUGUGAGGAUUUGAUUCUUCUAUGUGGCAUGAGGUAACCCUGGGUCGGCUUGGGAAAGGCUUUGUUGCGAACCUCCGAUACCGAUGGGUGUUUGGAAUAAGUUCGUAUCUUAUGGGUAAAGUGUACCCCUCUGCAGAGGUUAACUUACUGUUCGAACAGCCGUGCCCACGGUAAUGGGCGGAUGUAAGGUGGUUCCCGUUGCGUAGAUUUGUUUGCUUGUGCUUGGUGAAAAGUUGUUGUGGUGUGGGAAUCGUAACCAGAAUCAGCCUAUGUGGCAGAUGGAUGACCUGAGUGGUCAGAAACGAAUCUAUGUGAUUCGGGAUGUCUGCGGGCAUCAUAGACUAGGCUUCCCGAGUGGAAGCGGAUUGUUGUGCUGCUGGGCAGCUGGACUCUGGGAGUCCAAGAAAAUGAAAAAGGCUCUGGGAGCCGAUUUAAUCAAGUGAAAUGGCUCUGGGAGCCGAGAAGUAAUGAUCUGACCCGGGAGGUUGGUACAUUAUCAAUUGAGUUGUUGAAAUUUGAUACGCAAGUCUCUUUUCGACCCGAACUUAAAAAGAAAUAAAUCACUUAGUGAUUUCAAAAUGAUUUCAAACAAAAGAUUUACCAAAACAACCUUGCCUCUCUUCCAAGCUUGCAUCAAACACCUAAAUUCCCGUGACUUGCUGAGUACGAAAGUACUCACCCUUGCUCUAUAUAAAUAUAUAUAGUUCCUCCGCCCUGAAGAGAAGAUAAAGUGAAGUGAAGAUUAGGGUUUCGUCCUGGUUCCCAGCCGUCGCCUGUGGUGUUGGGUGUUAGUCCGUUGGUUCCGCUGCUGCUGCUGUUGUUGGUGUUUUCCUCGUCCGCGUCGUCGGUUGCAUUCUCGGGCUGUUCUGAGCUGCAACCUAAGUUAAGGUAAAUAAGUCCUUUAUUUAUUUUAAGGAUUGCAAUGAUUCAUAUUUUUCAUCGUGGGUACCAGCACUAUGUCCUGGGACUGGUACUGUAAUCGCGGAUUCGUAAGAAGCGGUUCACGCCGUUUUUUCUACGACACGCUCCUGUCAGGUGCCGUUGUAUGGCAGUGCCGAAUUGGGGUGUGACAAUAAUCUACUGAACAGUCUAUCAAAUGGACAUGAUCUUUGCACCACCAAACCUACUAUGUGGCAUCCACAAUUCGACAUGCCACCUCCCCUCCAAGCGGCCGUACUCGAUUCAUUUUUGCUUAAUAUCAUAUCACACAUUAAAUAUUCUCUCUAUCAAAAAAAAGUCGAACUCUAGGGAUGAAUUUAAACAUGGUAAUGCAUCCCUAGAGUUGGACUCAUUUCGAGAUAUAGGGAGUAGUUUGGAAGUAAGUUGGAAUAAUAUACUUAAUUUAAAGUGCGAUGUGCAGGCUUAGUCCAUGGCGUGCACUAAUUGAGGCCCAAUCAUUUAUCCUCUUCAGAUUGCAUCAUGUACUGUGACGAGUUCUUUAACUUCAUCCGCGUUACGUUGAGAGUCAACUGUCGAGGUCAACGCUCGAUUCACCAUUUAGCAAAUCGCAUUCAAGUCAAUUUGCUGUUUCAGUCGUAUAUAGUGUGACAAAUCAGAUGCAACGCAACAUUAAUUAAUUAGCAAUUACUGAUAAUUAAUCACAGUAACUUUUUCAGCAGCAAAAAAAGUUUCAAAGCAUAGUCUACACUGUACACCAUAUUAUAUGACACCAACCAAACCGGCGAGCUUGCUGCGAGGCUGCAUGCCACAGAUGAAAGCUCCAUCGCGGCGACGACGACGACGACCGUGUCCAAGUCCACUCAUGCCUCGCCAUCUCUUCUACCCUACGCGAUUGCAUCUUGCAUCAAGAACUCGAUCGAUCUGAUAUAUAUUACUAUGAGCUAAGCUGCUAAUUAAGUUCUAGAUUUAAUUAGCAACAAUCAAUGGACGUGCCGUUCUUCCUCGCCUUCGCAAUCAUCGCGCUCCUGUCCAGGUACGUCCCCUUCGCGCUGCCGCCGAUGGCGCGGGACCUCCUCGCCGACAACUCCGCCGAGCCGGCGCGCGCCGCCAAGUGCGCGGUGUCGGUGGCCGUCGCCGGGCUGAUGCUGCUGGUGUCGCUGCAGUGCGGCGCCGGCGGCGAGCAGUACUGCCCCGACGUCAGGGUGGAGGGGAGGGCGCUGUGGCUCAACUGCGCGGCGCUCUUCCUCGGCAUGGUCGUCGGCGGCGUCGCGGUGGUGGUGAUGCCGCCGCUCGCCGCCGUGUCGCCGCUUGUCCAGGUGAUGGUCGAACACCUGACCAGGUUCACGGAGACCAUCGCGGUGACCGCGUUCGCGCAUGACUUCUGCAUCUUUAUCAAGCUCGUGAGGCUGAAACAAUGAGGCGAGGAACCGAAGGCCAUUUCUCCUUUGUUUUUCUUGAGGCUUUUUUAUUCACGUUGUAAAAAGAUUGAUGAACUUCAAUGCGAGAAUGGCAUUCAAUGUUCAUUUGCGUAUAUUAAUUAAAAUUUAAUUUAUUAUUUUUA